AAAGCAGUGGCUACGCAUCAGCAAGUCUUGUCUUGUUUUCCCCCGGUACAAGACAUCCGCCAUUGUUGACUCUUCCACGUCCGACUAACAUAAAAUACUGUGUCUGCGCGAGCCCGGAAGAUCAAACGCGAAAUCAAGCUCGUUGAUGACCGUGUUCGCGAUCUUCACCAGCAAAAGUUGCUUGCUUUCUCUCGGUGCCAACCUUAAGAUUCCUCGGUCUCUCCUCCAGAAUUCUCGUUUCCAGACCUUUGAUUGUCUCCAGUGUACAGCAAGAAUGGCCAGGUCUGCAGUUGAUGAGACAUCGGAUUCUGGGGCUUUCCUGAGAACUGCAUCAACUUUCCGCAACUUCAUUUCACAAGACCCGAAUUCUCUGUUUUCUGCAGAACCUGGAAGAUACCAUCUUUACGUAUCAUAUGCUUGUCCUUGGGCUUGUAGAUGCCUCUCGUUCUUGAAGAUCAAGGGACUUGACAACGCCAUAAGCUUCAGUUCGGUUAAACCCAUAUGGGGAAGAACAAAGGAAAGCGACGAGCAUAUGGGAUGGGUGUUUCCUGAUUCAGAUAUCGAGGUCCCAGGAGCUGAUCCUGACAAUUUUAAUGGUGCAAAGAGUAUACGAGGGCUUUACGAGAUUGCUAGCCCGAAUUACGUGGGGAAGUACACCGUUCCUGUUCUGUGGGAUAAGAAGCUCAAGACUAUUGUCAACAACGAGAGUUCGGAGAUAAUCCGUAUGUUCAACACUGAGUUCAAUCAUAUCGCAGAAAACCCAGAUCUCGACCUGUAUCCUCUCCAUCUGCAAGCCACAAUCGACGAAACUAAUGAAUGGGUCUACAAUGCGAUAAACAACGGUGUUUACAAAUGCGGGUUUGCAAAGAAACAAGAGCCCUAUAACGAGGCGGUGAAACAGCUCUAUGAAGCACUGGACCGGUGCGAGGAAAUACUCACGAAACAGCGUUACAUCUGCGGAAACGCUUUAACCGAAGCGGAUGUCCGGUUAUUUGUCACCCUUAUAAGAUUCGACGAGGUAUACGUGGUGCAUUUCAAAUGCAACAAGAAACUGAUAAGGGAGUACAAGAAUCUGUACAACUACACAAAGGACGUGUUCCAGAUCGGUGGGAUGAGUGGAACGGUGAACAUGGAACAUAUAAAGCAGCAUUACUACGGCAGCCACCCUUCCAUCAACCCGUUCGGUAUCAUCCCUCUCGGACCAGACGUCGAUUACUCUUCCCCUCAUGACCGACACAGAUUCUCCUCCUAAGUCCAAAUCCAUCGUCUUGUCCUUUUUUUUUUACGCGAGCGUUUGUGUGCUAAGUCAUGUUCUGGUUUUUUUACGUUUUGUUGAAGGUUUUCUCAAUAAGUUGAUGUCUUGAUAAUGCGUCAUAUUUUCCUAAUGAAACGAGGAAAAUAUAUGAUGCAGUUUCACUAGCUAUAUAUUUGAAUAUAUACAUACACACUAUUUACUAUUCACAGAUCA